CGGCAUUGCCUCGCGUUGUCCUUGCGUUGUAAUGUCGUAUUCUCUUUCUUUGCCGUUCGCAAGGCGUGCCGCGGAAUGUCGGAAUGGCCGAGUAACGCCGAGUCGGUAGUACUCGCUGCGCGGCGCAUGCGAGGGAAGGAAAAGGAAGACGCGGCGAUGGUGGAGGAGGAGGAGGAGGAGGAGGAGGAGGACGCGCGCGUCAGCUGUGAGGGCGCCAGUGAUGAAACGCGAGAAAAAGAGUGGAUGGUCUACGAGAGCGGCCGGGUCGUCUACGACGACGCGCGUUCGACGAAUGUGCCUUUUCCUUGACGCAUCGACCCCCCCGAUGCCCGGACGGACGCGCACGUCCGUCGUGCGUGAACCCCCCCUCGAAGGGGUUCCGAUUCGUUAAUUGUCUCUGCCGAUCCGACCUGGCGAUGGACUCGCGAAGGUGCGGGACGAUCGGUCCGCUUUGCCGGACGCGCGAUCGUUAUGGCGGCGGCGCGCGGAGGACGCGCGAUGAAAAUGGCCGGAAGAUGUUGCGAGGGGGACGAGCGGACGUGGGGGGCAGGAACGGAGAGGCGGAAAAGGGGGAGGAGGGGGAGGAGGGAAGGCGGACCCGGCAAAAUAGAAGGCAACGGUCCACGGCGGUUCCCAGCGGCGUGCAGCCUAUCCUAGAUUUAUUUCCGUGGAAACGUUGCUCAAUGUACGCGUCUCGUUUGGUUUACCGCUCGCGGUUACCGCUGAUCCUCGUUACGAGUACGGAGAAAGGAUAAUGAGCGACCCCGUCCGUGCCCGAAAUCCCCGGUGACUCGCUCCAUCUCUCUUUCUCCCUCUUGUCUCGCUCGUUAACUCGCCGCUAUAUCCAUUACAUCUCGAUACCCGCGGCUCUUUAGCGAACGAUUAAUUCAGGUCUGUCGUCGUGCCCCCGUCUGUCGUGCCGGACAACGUCUGGACGUCGAAAUUCCGAGGUGGCGGACGUUAAAGGGGCGACGGUUUGUCAGCGGGAUUCGGACAGAGUGUUCCGGUAGAUUGACGUCAGCCGUGUCCGCAUUAAGCCCCAACAGAAUCCGUGCUGAAUCUGCCAUUUCGUAACCAUUUAAGUGAUACAUUCCCUUUAAAUAGUUACGAAAUGGCAGAUCCCGGCUUGAUUGCUGCAUUCGAACUGCCAUCACGUUCCGCUAAUGAAUUCCAUUAUAUUUCUGCUAAUAUUCUGCUGAGGAAAUUUAUAGCAGAUAUCUUAUGUAAAAUUUGUUUCCACAGAUUGGACUGUCUAGCCUUAAUUUUCUUUCUAAUAAAAUUCCAAGUGUAUUUAUUUGCGCAAAUGCGAUGUCUGGCGCAAAUGUAUGUGUUGACGCUGUUAAUGAUAAUACGUCAUUUUGUUGUAUGUCUAUAAUCUAUAUUCUUCAAAAAAUCCCCGCGGGACUAUUACCUAUUUAUGAUUUAUUUCAUAAAAUUUGUUAAUAAGCUAAUUUUUUUAUCGAGCUAACUCGAAUAUCAUUACAAGCGCAAACAAAUACAACUAACUGGCAGAAGUGGAGUCAAGAUUCAAUUUUUGUUCCAAUCAUCGUCGUAAUUCCAUUCCCGAUGUGGCGCAAAUCGCGUGCUCGACAAACAACCGCGAGAAAACAACUAUUGUGCUGUAACGCAUACCUGGAAAAUUAUUUAAUUGAAAUGUUAAACUUCCCUCUCCUCCACGCCUUCUUCCCUUUUCCCCUCCAAAUUGAGGAUUCAUAAUGAAAAAGCGAGACGAAAACAACAACGCGCAAUAACUUUACGUAUACAUUUUUCAUCCUCGUGUGUAUCCCAAAAGUUUGAUGCGUGCGCAAUGUCGCCGUGCACUCUACAGCGGGAAAACUAGAGGAAAGUUCGCACUGUUACGUCUCGGACUAAAGGGCGAAUGUUUUUCUUCUGCAGCGGAGAAUCGCAGGGCGGGGGGGCCUUAUCUGGCACGGUCGUUCCUUUCGGUUUGCGGUAGAGGCACUUUUUCCUCGAAAACGUCCCGUUUUACGAUCGGACAUGCCAUUGUCUACGCUCGGCGAGCGUGCUCUUUGACGUUCUUACAAAAUUUGUAUAGAAAUAUGAAAGGUACCUUCCAAUUUUUUCCCCGAACACUGAAUUGUAGACAAAAAAUUUGAAAAUUGUAUGAAAAGAGACGAAGAAACCCGGUUAAAAGUAUUUUUCUCGCGGGUGAUAAAUAUCUCCGCAGAUAAAAAAAUACAUAAUACGUCAGGUAAUAAAUAAAUGUACACCACUUUCAAAAUUCCGAAAAUUAUUCCGAAAGAACAAAGAAAGGUACAGGCCGGUUAAAAACUUUUUUUUGUUGAUGAUAAAACUGCGCGUAUAUAAUAAAUAAAUGUAUACCAUUUUCAAAAUUCCGAUUAUCUCGGUUCUGAUAAUUGGCCCCGACUUUUUUCCCAAAGCAAUAUCACGAGUCUUUUUUAAAUUCUUGGAAAGCGAACGACACACGAGCAGGAUAAUACGAUACGCGGUGGUGUGACGCGUCCUAAUAUACACGAUUCGUCAUCCGCACGCUUGGUAUACGCGGUUAAGAUAAGAUUACGAGUCCAGUACGCGACAGUUUCGUGCUCGGUAAAGACGAUCGGGGCGACGAUUCGUAUCGGAUCCGUCGCGAAAACGUUUGGGAGCGAUAAUGUCGGACGGCAAGACCGUCGAAUUCGGCUCGUCUACGUGCAUCAUUCCGUGCGCUUCAUCCUGAUGACGCGCCAGGCUACCUGGGCCCUCGUCCUAAUCACGAUAGGCGCCGCCGCCUCGGGAUGGUGCCCGUCGACGUUGUGCGUGUGCGAUACCUGGUACGAGUUGCAGCACGUCUCGUGCACCGGACGCCAUCUUUAUAGCAUUCAUACAGGUGCGCCGAGUAUCGUGCAAGCCCUGGAUCUGUCGAAUAAUUCGAUAUCCAUUUUAAAUAAUAACGAACUGGCUGAAGCAGGAUUGACAAGACUCAAAUACCUCAACCUAUCCAUAAAUGCAAUCAGCGAAAUUGGCCUAAAUGCUUUUAAUGGAUUAUCUGAGUUGACGGUUUUGGAUCUAUCCCAAAAUCACCUUUACUACCUUUUGUCGGAUACUUUCAUGCCGACAAAGAGUUUACGAAUUCUACGAUUGUCCAAAAAUAAUUUUAAUUCUCAUGUACCAAAACUGGAGUGUCCCUGGCUCACGGAAUUAACUCUGGAUUCGUGUCGAAUUAGCCAUGUGCCGGUGGACAUGUUCAAUGGACUUUUGCAUCUUCGUACCCUUGAUCUUUCAAAUAAUUUGAUGAUUCAAUUGGACAGCGCUGUCUUUAAAACAUUGAAAUUUUUAAGAAUAUUAUCAAUAGAAAGAAAUCCUUGGUCCUGUGACAAACUCACGCAUAAUUUGCAGACAUAUUUGAUUCGCAGGAAUAUACAAUAUCAUGCAGUAUGCGUAGCCAAAAGUGAGGAACCAAAAAAAUUUGAAAAAAUGAUCCUCUACGAUCCACGGAAUCAAUAUGAGAAGCGUCGACCUUUAAUAACUUCAAGCUCGAACAUUAAGAAAAACGUGACGAAGAAACAUCCUGUAUCUACAACGAUACAUGAAAGCACAGUCGCUCGUGUUAAUGCGACCGACGAUACGAACUUCACGAAAACAUUGAAAUCUGUAUUGCCAUAUUGGUUCUUCGCGUUCGGAUUUUUGCUCGGUGCAGCGUGCGGCAUAUUCACUUGUUACAUUUGGCUUACAACGGAGAUAUCUUGUUGCCACAGAUGUUGUCGCAGACAUACUGAUAAUGAUCCUCAAAGAAUUUCAUUGCUGCAGAAUCUAUGGCAGUUUGAAGAUUCUGGUCUCAAUGAUAGUUCGAUAUCUUGUCCUGAUACUCCACCUCCGCCGUAUCGUGAAGUCAUGCUGCGACCGUCACUUUAUCGUAAUGCAUCGGUUACAACAAACAAUGUUACCACAAAUAAUACGGUACAUACUUAACGUUCUAAAGGUAAGAUAUUAUAUCAUUGUGACAAUUGACUUUGAAAUUUAAUGCACGGAUAAGCAUGCUGCAUGUCGGCAAGGCCUUAUUGUAUUGUUUAAGAAAUAUUAAUAUUAUGCGAAGUACGAAAGAUAAAAUGGCAUUGUUAUUUCAUAUUUAUUCACUGCAUAUUUAUAAUAAAAUUACUUUGUACUGAGAAAAC